CAUAGUAAGAAUAGCACAACACCGGUCGCGCACGGAGCGUCGCCGCCGCCGUGAUUGCAGCGAAACGGGGGAAGAACGAGACGAGUUGACUGACUACAAUCACUCUUUCUGACAUCAAAGUUGCGCCAUUUUCCCGUUUGAGUCAUGUGAGGGAGCUUGUAAUGUCCACAGAGCAGGAUAAAGAUUCAUUCUCUCUAAAACGAAACCGAGGAGCUGAAGGUGGGCUGGAGGGUUUAGGAGGCUUACUGGGAAUCCCUGAUAAAAAGAGACGCAAGUCGAGCACACAGGUGCCGUCCUUCUCUCCCCUGUCUGAAUAUGCUCCUCCACCAAACACCAGCUCAGAUCACCUAAUCGCUGCCAAUCCUUUCGAUGACAAUUACAACUCGCCAUCUCUGAAGCCGCUGCCUCCUGCUAACCCUUAUUUUGGCCACUCGCAUUACCCAGGGUUUAGUGGCUAUGGGCCGCCCAGGAUGGCCCCCCAAAUGCCCCAAAGGAUGCCUUCUCCCUACGGGCCUCCUUACCAGAUGCGAAACCAGCCCGUGGUUUUCAACCGUGUACCGGGAUUUACCUACGGUCAUGCGGAGAACCCGCAUUACGGGCAGGCGUUUGGUGGCGGAAACAACAACCGCAUCCACUUCAGAUCAGAGCAUGUCAAUCAGAUCCCACUUCAAAAUCUCAACCAAUGCGGGAGUCCUGAAGUUGCUCCGGGUUUCGGUCCAGCUCGGGAUAUGAGCCCAAACCUAAAUAACUUCACCAAGUCCGGCUCACCAGCGCCUAAACAGGACCCGAGUGAAGCCGUGAGCAAUAACGCCACGCAGAACCCCUCGCCACGCAAGCAGAGUCAAAACUGUGAAGAGAACAAUCCUCAGGACAACACGCCGGAGCCGAAGACGAAGGGCCGAGCGAGCGGACAGGACGGGGGAGCGGGAAAACUCAACGGCGUCAGUCACGCACGCAGAACCGGAGCUUCGACCAAUAAUAAAGUCUUGAACAGAAGGAGGACGUCCUCAUCAUCCGAGCCCGUCUUCCCGUGCGGGAUAUGCCUGAGCGAGGUCAACGAUGACCAAGAGGCCAUUCUGUGCGAGGCCUCGUGUCAGAAAUGGUUCCACAGAGUCUGCACAGGGAUGACGGAGACGGCGUAUAACCUGCUGACGGCGGAGAUGUCUGCGGUCUGGGGCUGCGACUCCUGCAUGGAGGACAGCGGAGCGCAGCUGCGGAAAACCAGAGAGGUGUCCGGGACGCCUUCUGUGACCGGAGACGGACAGGCUGAAUCACAAAGGAGAAAGUCAUAGGGGAACAUCUCGAAGGUUAUUAAAUUAUUUGAAAUCAUUUUUGAAAUAUACACUACUGUACAAAUUUUGGGGGUAUGUUUCUGUCAGAAGUUUCUUCUGCUCACCAAGGCUGCAUUUAUUUGAUUAUAAAAAUACAGUAAAAAAAAAAAAAUAUAUAUAUAUAUAU